GUGUUAAAUCACUGGGAGCUCUGUGUCACAUCAUCCAUCUGCUGUUUAAAUUUUAAAAUCUCCAUUUCUGUGUUUUAAAAUGCUGCAUAUUUAAUGAUUCCAAUAAAGAAUUCUUUCCACAGCAAGAAAAAGGAAUCGUUUUAGAGAAGUUUUGCAUCAAACGAUACAAAAUUAAGGAUUCAUGCAGGAAAUAUUAUAACCAUGUCUCUAAAAUGCUGGUAGGGUAUAAGGGUGCAAACCUGGAGCUGCAUGGCUCUGUCUCUGGUUUCACCUGUUCCCAUCUAACUCCUCCAGAGUCUAGCUACGCCUGCCUCUCCUCAACAUGUCAACCUCAUGCAUAUUUCAUUUGGAUGUCUUCUGGGCUGCUAUCAGAUGAAUUUAACUAAAUAAAGGGGUGGAGCUGAUGAAGAUGAUGCUAUUUGAAAGCGAGGGGCUGUUUUCCUUUUUAUCGUUUUAACACCUGCCCCUUCUCGCCAAUCGAAUGAGUGAUGAGAUGCACUGAGAUCUUUGUUCAGUUCAGCUGCAGACAAGGAGAGGAUGAGGGCGACUCAAGAAUAAAACCUGGAUUCUCCGCCUACAUUCGCUCUUCCAUCGGUCUUGGAUGGCCCCUUCAAAGAUGAGACAAGUUCUUUUUAAGUGAAAUUCAGGACACUGAGGGACACAUCUCACGUCAACGCGUCUCCAAAACUUGGGGAAGUCCUCUAUGGGACCCUAAGUGCUGCUGAAAGCUGGAGCCACAAACUCAGGGAGCAUGAGCCACAGCCUCUAGUGGAUUUCUGUUUCCCUUUUCGACAUUGAGGCGUCCUUGUGAGCUGCAAAGACUGUUUUGGGAUAAAAGAGGAACAAAAGAAAGAUGCCUUUUGAUUUAGCAGGUUUUAAAAAUCAGGUUUUCAAACCUGGCAAGGAGGAGGCGAAGAACACAGUAGGGGACUCGCUUGGAAAGCUGCAGAGGAAAAUUGAUGGCAGCAAUGUUGAAGAUGAAGACCACAUUGAGCUCACAGAAGACGGCCGUCCGGUGGCAUCAAAGCCACGUCCCACUCCCCUGUUUGACUGCAGCUGCGGUGGUCUGCCUAAGCGCUACAUCAUCGCCAUCCUCAGCGGCCUGGGCUUCUGCAUCUCCUUCGGCAUUCGAUGUAAUCUGGGUGUGGCCAUCGUGGAGAUGGUGAACAACAACACCGUCUACAUCAACGGUACCCCGGUGCUUCAGAAAGCUCAGUUUAACUGGGACCCAGAGACAGUGGGGCUCAUUCAUGGCUCCUUCUUCUGGGGCUACAUCGUGACUCAAAUCCCUGGCGGAUUCAUCUCCAACAAGCUGUCUGCCAACAGGGUGUUUGGAGCGGCCAUUUUCUUGACAUCACUGCUGAAUAUGUUCAUUCCAUCAGCAGCGAGGGUGCACUAUGGUUGUGUGAUGUUUGUGCGCAUCUUGCAGGGGUUAGUGGAGGGGGUCACCUACCCAGCAUGCCAUGGGAUGUGGUCUAAAUGGGCACCGCCUCUGGAGCGGAGUCGACUGGCUACCACAUCAUUCUGCGGGUCCUACGCUGGAGCCGUGAUCGCCAUGCCUUUAGCUGGAGUGAUGGUUCAGUACGUUGGCUGGCCGUCGGUCUUUUAUGUUUAUGGUGUUUUUGGGAUCAUAUGGUACAUCUUCUGGCUCCUGCUGGCGUAUGGAAGUCCAGCUGAUCAUCCCACAAUCACAGAAGAGGAACAAAUGUAUAUCGAGGCGGCCAUUGGAGAAACAUUGAACCAACUGAGUGUUACAGAAAAAUUCAAAACACCGUGGCGUCGUUUCUUCACUUCCAUGCCGGUCUACGCCAUCAUUGUGGCAAACUUCUGCCGUAGCUGGACCUUCUACCUGCUUCUCAUCAGCCAGCCAGCGUAUUUUGAGGAAGUGUUCGGCUUCCCCAUUAGCAAGGUGGGGAUCCUUUCUGCUGUUCCCCACAUGGUGAUGACCAUUGUUGUCCCUAUCGGAGGACAGCUAGCCGACUUCCUACGAACAAAAAAAAUCAUGUCUACGACCAACGUGAGAAAGAUGAUGAACUGUGGAGGAUUCGGCAUGGAGGCCACUCUGCUGUUGGUGGUUGGAUUCUCUCACACCCGAGCAGUGGCCAUUUCUUUCCUGGUGCUGGCUGUGGGCUUCAGCGGAUUUGCAAUAUCAGGUUUUAACGUCAAUCACCUAGAUAUUGCUCCCCGUUACGCCAGCAUUCUGAUGGGCAUUUCCAAUGGAGUCGGAACGCUGUCGGGAAUGGUUUGUCCAUUAAUUGUUGGAGCCUUGACUAGGCACAAGACCCGUCUGGAGUGGCAGCACGUCUUCAUCAUUGCGUCAAUGGUGCAUUACUCAGGGGUCAUCUUCUACGCCAUCUUUGCUUCAGGAGAGCAGCAGGACUGGGCCAACCCCGAGGGCCUGAGCGAGGAUAAAUGCGGAAUCAUCGAUGAAGACGAGCUGGCUGAAGAGUCGGAGCUAAAAAUGGAGAACGCGCUGGCUCCCAAAAAGAGUUACGGAACAACAGACAAUUCAUACGGUCAAAAGCAGGGCUGGAAGAAGAAGAGAGGGGCGACCGUGCAGGAGGAGGAGGAACACUAUGGGAACGGGGACUUCCAGGAUCAGUACCAAUGAGUGGUCUGGUCUAGGACUUCCAAAACACUGAAUUCUUCUCUGUGCAAAGUCUUAAAGAAACAGGAGCAGCAGCAUCAGAAGUACCUCAAGACGACCAUUUAGUGAUGUUCUAAACCCAAAAACCACCAAAUAGCUGAAAUUCAAUAGAUUUUUUUUAUUAGAGGACAAAAAAAGAAUUAAGAAUAUAAUUAAAAACAGAUAAACAAAUGUAUGCUGAUGUUGUAAUUGUGUGUUUAUUAAACAUUGGUAAACAUGCCCAACAUAUCAACUUUCAUACCAGACUUUACUUUUCGUGCAACUGAACGUAGUUUCACUCUAAUUCAUGAAAUGUUUGUGUCAGCUAUGCAAUGUGGAGAACCAUGUCCAAUAGGAAUGUAACGUCGUGGGUCUUUCUCGUUUCUGUUUGCUUUUGCUGAGCGACUGCACCGGGUCUGCUUCUGCUUGCUGUCCUUGUCCAAGCAAGCCUAUGUUCACCAUUUGGGUGCAUUUUUAUAUCAGAUUUAAUAUAUAAAAGAGCUCAAAGCUUGCACAUCAAUAGGACAAAAUGAAUAUUGAGCUCUCUGUGAACUCAUUUAAUGAAAAAUUGCUCAUUGUUCAGGUGUUUUAGGCGUUAUUUUUGCAUUUUCUCAGUGUUUGAAAUGUAGAAAUUCGUGUAGUUUCUUUGAAUAAUGUGCAGGAGAUUUUUACCUUCUGUAUAAAAUAAUUUGGUAAAUGCACUCGUUGUUGCUGCUGCAGAAGAGAGAAAUGGAUUUGUAAAGUAUAACUUUACUGAUUUGCACAUGAACACAUGAAAUAAACUCCAUCAAGAUUGUUUAGAAACUGAAAAGCUUCAGUGUUGUGGAUUAUUUAGUAAAAAUAUCAGAAUAAUGGUUAUUUUUCCAUGUGCUACGUUGUCAGCCACACAUAAAACAUCACAAACUGAUCUGUGAAUGCAGUUAACUCAUGCUGAUCGAAGGCCAUUACUAUAAUUUAUAAACCUUUUUAUUCUAAAUGUUAUAGGUCAAGGUGCUUUUUAUUUGUCUGUAAUUAGCUAAUUAAUAAUAAAGAGCCUUAACGACAACUUUACACAUGUAGGAACAAAG